UUGAUUUCAGUCUUCCCUCACAUGUCGAACGAUCAAAGCGAGCCUGUUUUCCAAAUUGUUUCGUAUCUCAGAACAGACAGUAAAAAAAGACCAGAAACUUAAAUUUACACAGACUUAAACUAUUUUGUACAUUUUUAAUUUAUUUUUGGUGUUUUGCAUUGUUUAUCGUUUGUUGCUGGCAUUCGCUUCAAGUAAUUGACGUGACUUUGCGGUGGGACCGAAAGCUAAUCAUGUUGCUUGGGGUGCUUACCUUACUUUGGAACACCAUUACGAAUUAUGUUGCCAAAUUCAUGGACACGGUCUAUGAGUCGAAUUACUUUAUGGCUCUGUUUAGCUGCAUUAUGGCGACGAUUUUGAUGGCGCAUUUGAAAUCGGCGACGGUUAUAUUGACUGAAAUACACAAGCCCAAGCGUCGCCGAUCGUUAAUCGAUCGACAGCCGUCGCCAAUUAACAUUGUGAGCUGCGUGGCCUACAAGACGGAGCUGGAGGAAUCGCUGCGCUGGUACAGCUACGACGAGCUGCCACCGGCCGUGAUACUCGAGAACAAUGGCUGCACGGUGAUAAUGCGCAUUUGCUGUUCCCCGGAAUAUACUCCGUACAUUACGGGUGGAAAUCUGCCAGCAAACUACUAUUUUAUGGAGGCUUCGUUCAAAUGGAGCUCGGAGCACUCGAUUGACUCGCACAAUUAUGCCAUGGAGAUGCAGGUGCUGCAUGCCGCAAACAUAAGCGAUGUCCCCUACGAAUACCUAACGGUGUCCUACAUGUUCGACCUCGCACAGCAGAAGAACUAUAUGUUCGAUCAGAUCAUCAACAAUUUGGCCUCCAUUCGCACAGCCGGCUCAGCGAUCGAGCUACCGCCCUUCGACCUGGCCACCCUGAUGUGGUGCUUCGGCAGCGACUAUUACAGCUAUCGCGGCACCUAUACCAACGGCAACUUCGUUCUGCCCAGCCUAUGGGUCAUUUGCUCGCGCACCUUCUACAUCGCCCCCGAGCAAUUGGCUCGCUUCAGAGACAUUUGCGAUCUGAGCGGACGGAACAUCGUGUGGAACGCCCGCCAGAAGAAGCCGCUGGGCGAUCGUUGCGUUUCAUUGAACUGUUAUUAAUAGAGAAAGAGAGGGAAAGUUAGAGAGAGAAAGCCUGUUCUGUUCUUGUUGAGUUAAAUUCAUAAGCAAUAUAUGGGAAUCAUUUUUGUUGAGUGGUAAUUUGUGAAAUUUCAAUUGAGAGAAAGAACGAAUUUUUGAUGUUCUUUAAUAUCUAUAUUUAAUAGCAGUGAAAAGACUUUCUUAUGUUCUUUUUAUAAAUCUUUGUAGUAUUUUUAGCUCCUGUUCCGAUUAAAAGAGACUAUUUUAUCCAUACUCGAUAAAAGCCAAUUAGGAAGACUAAAGCGAAUUAUUUUUGAGCAUAUCUCGGCUAUAGAAUCAGCAUAAUGAUAUUUUGAUUGAAAAGUCUAAGUAAACUGUUCUUUACUCUAGGAUCAUUAGGAAACAUCUCUUUUAAACAGUGCCAGUUAAGUAUUACAUUCUAUCUAUCUUUAUUUGGAAGCAAAGUUUUAUUGUAACUUCGACCUUUGUAAGGUCUCAGCUGAGUCUUUGAGGAAAAAGUUAAAUAAAUUAAUUCAAAUGCAA